UCUCUCCGCCGACGGUCGCUCAAAGGCGAGCGUUAAACGUCUGGUUCACGGCAAGCGUUGCUGCUCGGAAGUUGACUCCAGUACGCCGCCGUCUUGUUGCGUAGAGAAGACGCACCACCAACGGACACGAGACCGCGAGGGAGCCCAUCAGCAAACGUCGAAGCAGAAGUAGUCGUGUCGGCAAGAAUCCGCGUGUUGUCGUCGCAUUUGGUGUCACUUUUUGGAGCGGACAGACGUCACCAAGGAGAAAGAAGCGGACGACAAAGCGCGCGUCUGUCGUCUGCACGCUUAGUGGGUAAGCGCCACAGUACGGAACAAGCAAGGCACGCGACAGUUGCUCGUGCUUUGCCAGAAUUCCUGGCUUCGAGGCUGUAACCGUUCCUCGCUGCAGGCUCCUCUGGCGGUCAGCUGUGUGCCUCAUCGGGGAGACCGUUGUCGAGGAAGCACGGGGCCAUCAUGAUUCCGGUACGACCGCUGUCCAUGGCGCCGCCGGAAGUGAUGGCGGCCGCCGACGCCCUGGGUGCCACGCUGCCCCGCCAGGCGGUGUACGUGUUCCCGCCGCUGGGCCAGUUCGACCCAAACUGCGUGCGGCUGGUGACCGAGGGUCGCGACCCGGCCACCGCGGUCGCCUGCCUGCUCGGCUUCUUCAAGCUCGUCUGCGAAGACGGAUACGAGCAGGUGGUGCGCGCCAGCGACCAGGACGGCGUGUGGCUGGACGAGGUCCACGUGAGCGGCACGUUCGUGCGGCGCCAGCUGCGGGCGCUGGGGGCCGACUCGUCGCCGGCGGCCACCAUGGACGACUUCUACGUGCUGCUCAGCGUGCUGCUGUGCAACCUGCCGCGCGCCCGGGGCUCCAACCUGAACAGCGAGUGGUUCCAGAACCGGGUGAACGACCUGGUCGCGCUCUUCCCGGCCGUCUCGGAGCCUCCGCCCGUGCCGCUGUACGGCGCGGAGCAGGCGGACGCCGUCUCCAGCUUCGGCGAGCAGUGGCCGCACACCAGGGCGGCGCUGUGCAACGCCCUGCUCAAGGGACGCUUCGAGGGCCCGAUGAAGCACUUGCAGGAGUACGUGUCCGUGGGCUGGCGCUUCGCGGGUAUGAAGCACGUGCACCUCAUCCUCGAGUUCCUCAAGGGGCGCAACUCCUGGGUCCUCGACAUCAUCCCGGAGCUGCGCGCCAAGGGCGACCGCCUCCAGGCGUUCCUGAAGGCGUACCAGCGGCUGGGCGAGGACGGGCCGUACAUGAAGCUGCUGCACCUCCCCGAGGCGUCGACCGCGCUGCGCAAGCACCUGGGCCUGCACGUGGCGGCCGCUUACGCGCUGGCCGUGCUCGAGGACGACAACUGGCUCCAGUACAAGGGCGUGCCCCGCGACGAAGACGAGGAGGCGAUGCUCGCCAAAAUCACCGCCAUCAAGCGCAUGGGCCUCGGCGCGCCCCCCAAGGACGGCGGCGCGAGCCGCGGCGCUCGUGCAACGUACGCCGCGCCGGGCGGCGACGGCUCGAGGGACGUCGUCGACGUCGCAGCAGCGGGCGAGCCCGCUGCCACCGCGACCACUGCGCCAUAGACGUCUGCGGCAGGCGGAGCUCGCGCCGCGGCGGGACGACGAGGAAGACGCGCGCCAGAACCACACGGCCACAGAGAGGGCAGGCGACGACGACGACGAAGGCUCGGCUCAUCGUGGUCGCUUCGCGACAAACAUUCACAUCACGGCGCGAGUAUUCGCCGGGGCCGUUGUUGUCAACAUAUGCCUGCCCUCCUGUCUGCGCACCGUGUCCUUAGUCAAACCGCAGCGAACGUACCCGUCGUCCAGUGCCGUGGCCAGCGAGCUUAGCGAGCCGCCUGUCGUCGCCGCCGGCGCCCCACGCUACAGCGCCGGAUGUGCCCUGCGGUCCCUGGCUUCCGCACAUCGGCAGUGGCCGGCGAUGACCGCGAUCCUUCUGCGCUCGGGGAACUUUUUGUUUGGCCACGCCCUCACGGCGCCGGGUGCGCCGUGAUAAGAGCCGUUCCAGCGCCGCCCUGCUCCUGCGCGUUCGGCAGGGAGGCCCCCGCCGUUGGGACGAUGCAAGGGCGGCCUCAUAGAUGAAAUAACAAUUUUUCGACCAUGCCACGUGGCUUCGAGGGCGAGCCUGCUUUCUUAGCGCGUUUGCGGGCGGCUUACGGGUUAAGAGGGGUGCGCGGGAAGAUAACGAACGCCCCGCUACCACAUUCACCUGGUGGCGAAGGCGCUGCCUUUUUUUUUUUUUUCGUUCCCUGUACGCGUUCGGGGACGCCUGCCGUUGAGGUCGCGAACGAAUAAAGCUAGGGCUUCCGGACGGUCCUGUCCCGCUGCCUGCCGUGAGCACACGAUUGAGCAAUAUAAUCCACUGCCAAUUUACCAGUUUACUACAGUGGAAUCUCGUUGAUACGAUUCUGCUUAAUACGUCUUUCGGGAUAAUACGUUUCUUUUUUAUUUUCCCGUUAAUGCGAUUUGGUUGGAUGACGCGUUGGAUAAUACGUUUUUCGGAUGAUACGCUUUAUUUCCCGGUUCCCGUGAAGAUUGUAUCAACGAGAUUCCACUGUAAUAGUUUACCACUGCCAUCUUGUAAUAAAUCUAUAUAUAGAAGUAGCUAUAAGACAUAGGGACGAGCAUAGAUGCUUUGCGCAUGACCUACGAGAAUUGCAAUGGCACAAUUUGAGUUGCCUUGGCCAGAAGUCGGCCCGAAUACAUUAAUGCCAAUGGGAUAGCAAAGGACGGAUAUAUUCUGCAAAUCUGAUGUUGAGCGUUUUAACUGCUGUCACAAAAAGGGCAACACUGGGCAUGCCAGUAGCAAAAGAAGUUUCCACAAAAAGAAACGAAAAUGUGUCUGCAGGCCAAAACGCAAAAGUAGGCGUCAUGGCAGCAGCAGUGGCAUUUCCACAGGAAAGCUGCUAAAAAUAACUGAAAAAAAAUCUGAUGCUUCCAACCUCGGAAUCAAAGGUCGUAAGCAAACUUAUGGCGAGCGGUCCUUCCACUAUCAUUCUUUUGCCAAUCAUGACCUAGGAGAUAUUCUGCCAGACCUCAAUGGCCGUGCGUUCGCCAUUGUUUCUUGAUUUCAGAACAGCUGCCAGGACUAAUGUGGUAGGAAUUGUCCAGGCAGUAUCCAUCCAGCGCUGAAUGUGGAAGUGCUCAGCCUGUGAAAUGCUUUGAGCUUUAAUUGAAGACUAGUGAGAGAUGACUGGAAGAUUGGUUGUGCAAAGCAAAAAAGAAAAAAAUCCGGCAGAUCCCACGCCCUGUGGGAAUCGAUGUUAUGCGAAGCAGUGUGCGGGGAGUCUACCAAGUUAACGAAACGACCAUGAGAGCACCAAGACGUAGUCGGCUCUUUCAUGACCUACAUGACACGCAUG